GGGUCAGUGUGACAACGCUUCAUAUAGGUAAACACCUACAAUACAUUGAUUUUGGGGGGGAAAUAAACACUCAGGGAGAGUGUGUACAGUAAUACCAUCCCAACGUUGUAGCACUAACUAUAAGCAGGAAGUUAGUUAGAGUUAGUAAGGUACACUUUUCUAAAGGCUGUCUAAGACAACUAGCAUUUGAAAACUUUUAUGUCAGACACGUUUACUUAUGGUGGAUUUCAGCAGUGAUGAAAAAUUAUCAAUGCUUCAUCUUCUCUACUCUCUUGCAACUGACUUUGGGUGCACACAUAUCUAUAUGGAAGGGAUGGACUGUAUUGUUUCCUCUCCCUGAACUUGCACUGGAGACUUCCAUUGAUUCAAUCGAAUGGAAAUACCACACAAUCCACAAAACAAUCUUACUGGCCACGAUCAAUCUCAUGAAGAAACAGGAAUCAAGAAUUUUCAGCAAGAGGACUGGAAUGAAAAUAAUGGAGAACGGCACACUUUACAUUGAAGAUGUAAAAGAUGAAGACUCUGGGAACUACUCUUGCACCAUCAUCCUCCAUGAUCGAAAGAUGUGGAUAGAGCAGAUUUAUCUUGAAGUACUUCAUGCUAAAGACGUGACGACUGAACCGAACAGCAAAAUGUACACAACAUUUAAACCUUCAGUGCCCAGUAUUACUGUAACAGCAUUGAUCGCAAUAUCAGUGUGCUCAGCGCUCGCAAUCCUCACAAUUAUAGCCACUAUUUUCAUCUUGAAAUGUGCAAAAAAUUGUUGCCACACAUCAGAUGAACCCAUCUACGCCAAUAAGAUGGUCAUAAUUGAAGAAAAUAAAAGGUCACAGGUGGACAGAAGGACUCCAGAUAAUAAAUCCAGAUAA